CCUCCUCUCCAGGGGCCUCUGGCCUUCCCCACCCACUUUCCAUGGAGCUAAACAGUUAUGUUUGUGGGAGGGGGGGUGGAGAGAAUCUCUCUCAAAUCAGGCACAAGGCAGGAGAAGAAGGUUCUACUCUGUGCAACAGGUGAGGAGCCUGGCUGGUAGCUAACCACACCCUGGAACCCAGAAGCAGCCCAGGUGCUGGUCCCUGCAAAAGACACAGCAAGAUGACCUGCUUCUCCUGCCUGAAGACGGUGAUGUUUGUGUUCAACGGGGUGAUAUUCCUGGGGGGUCUGGCAGUGCUGGGAAUCGGCAUCUGGGUGAAGUUGGACAGCGCCUCCUUUGUGAAGGUCCUGGACAUGGCAGCUCCACAAAUGAUGCAGUUGGUCCACGUGGCUUAUCUGUGCAUCGCGGUGGGCUCCUUCCUGCUCCUGGUGGGCUUUAUGGGAUGCUGGGGGGCCAUGAAAGAAAGCAAAUGUCUGCUGAUGAUGUUCUUUGUGGUCAUACUGGUCCUUUUCAUAGCAGAAGUGGUGGGGGCUGCUGUGCUUCUGGCGUUCUCUUCUGUGGCAGAUAUGUUUGUUACCCAUUUGAAGGAGUGGGCCUUGAAGACUUUGAAAGAGGACUAUGGAACAGAAAAGGACAUCACAGCCAUUUGGGAUGCCACAAUGAAAGAGCUGCAGUGCUGUGGAUUCUACAACUACACUGACUUCAGCGGAUCCGUCUUCUAUAAAACGCGUGAGAAAUAUCCUACCUUUUGCUGCCAAGCCAGGGAAGAAUGUCCGGAGUCUGGUAUAAACCAAAGCACACAGGGCUGCCUGCAAAAAUUCAAGGCAUUUCUGGACUGCAAAGGGAAAAUUGUUGGAGGGGUCUCUCUAGGGAUUGGGAUCCUCGAGUUGGCUGCCAUGGCUGUCUCCUUGACCCUGUAUUGUCAAAUUGGUACAAGCCUUUGAUGGGUAUCGCUCAGCUUGGACUCCACUUGCCGGACUUGGCACCUGCCAGACUGUCCUUGCUCAUAGCGAAAUUAGGGCAGUCGUUUUUACUAGAUCAACACAAAUGAAAUGGCAAAUGAAAUUGUAUGCUACAUCUACAUCCCUUCAUCAGCCAAGCUUGUCACUCUAUCACGAGAGAGAGAGAGAGAGAGAGAGAGAG